GUUCCUUUUGGACUCUGGCAUUCGCAGGGAUUGCAAGUCUCAAGAAGAGCCAAAGCUUCUGACAAUUCCUGUGUCACACAGCUGGUAUUUUGCAUUAAGCUGAAUUCCUCCUCCAACACUCAAUGGCAGUGAGUGUAAAGGUCUUGCCUUCUCCCAAGUGUUUGUUUGAUGAUCCCAUUCAGAUUAAAGUGGAGGGUCUCUUACCGCUGCAGAAGGUCACUCUGAGGGCAUCCCUGACUGAUGAGAAUGGGGAACUUUUCCAAUCCUUUGCCUACUACAGGGCUGAGAGCAAUGGAGAGCUGGACCUGACAUGCUCCUCAGCCCUGGCUGGCAGCUACUCUGGGGUAGAACCCAUGGGACUGCUGUGGUCACUGGAAUCUGAGACGCCCUUCAAACGGUUGGCAAAGAAGAAUGUCCUCACCCCUUUCUAUGUACACGUGGAAGUGUUUGAGGGCCACGAUAUCACCAGCCAGCUCCUGGACAAAUGCAUUAAUGAGCGGAAAUUUUUGGGAGAGGGGGUGAAAAGGAUUCCGGUCAGAGAAGGUCGGCUUAAGGCAACUCUCUUCCUGCCUCCUGGAUCUGGUCCAUUCCCAGGACUUAUCGACUUGUAUGGAACCGGAGGAGGUCUUGUUGAGUACAGAGCAAGUCUUUUGGCUAGCAGGGGCUUUGUUACACUAGCUCUCGCUUAUUUAGCCUUUGAAGAUAUCCCAGCUCUCCCAGACAUCCUCGAACUGGACUAUUUUAGGGAGGCUGUGGAGUUUUUGCAGAAGCAACAGCAGGUGAAAGGUACCGGGAUCGGAGUUUUGGGCUUAUCUAAAGGGGCAGAUCUAGCCCUUUCUCUGGCCACAUUUCUGCGAGGCAUCCAAGCAGCUGUCAGCAUUUCUGGAUGUGGUGUUAAUUCCUUUAUCCCCCUGCGUGUUAAUGGUUUCACUAUUCCUCCCCAUCCGUGUGACUUUGGGAGGAUGAAGACUGUCGGUGAAUUUGGAAUGAUAGAUUAUUCAGAAGUCCUGGACGAUCCUAGGGACCCAGACACUUGGGCCUGCCGCAUCCCAGUAGAGAAAUCCCCUGCCAAGCUCCUCUUUUUGUCGGCGCAGGAUGACAGAAACUGGAAAAGUGAGCUCUACUGCCGAGAAGUUGUUCACCGCCUUCGACAGUGUGGGCGAGAUGUGGAGUUUUACUGUUAUCCUGGGGCAGGGCACCUCCUGGAGCCACCGUAUUUGCCUUUGUGUCAGGCCUCAAUUCAUAAGCUGCUUGGGGCAUGCAUGCUGUGGGGAGGGCAGUGGAGAGAGCACGCCCGGGCACAGGAGGACGCAUGGCACAGGAUACAGGUCUUCUUUCGGCAACACUUGCUGGACUCUGAUGCCAUCAAGAGUAAUCUAUAGGGGUGAGAUUGCCAUGGUGCCUGAGGGAGUUAGGUAGCCAACUCCUGUUGAGAGUCAAUAGGAAUUGGUCCUGGCACUGGUAGGUAUUUUGAAAAUAAUCUUUACCCUAUUACUCUUUAGUCUUCAUCUUCUAUUCUCUUCUCAAACUGCACGCCCGCUUUCCUGUUUAGCUUUCCUACUGCUCUGCUGAUUUUAUACUAAUUUGGAGUUGAAUUUUAGGGUCCUGUAGACUCAGGUAUAUUGUUGAUAGGCACAGUGUGAUUUGUCCUUAUACUGCUGCAGUACCAGAGGUCAGUCCUUGUAUUGAACAGAAGUGGUCUAUCGUGCCAAAUUGGUUUUGUGGUGUGGUAUGUUGGCCACUUAUCUCCUAGCUCAGUUCCUUUGUAACAUAGGAUCUGGAUCCCCAGGGGUGCUUAGCACCCAUAACUCAUGUCCAGGAUGAGACCCUUAAUGGAGUCUAGACAUGAAUACAGGUUUAAGGUGAAACACUAAUGCCAUCGUCCACAUCUCCUCAGUACUGGGACAAUUUACUGAUUCUUGGUGUAUCGCUUUCUCCUGUUCCAUGAUGAUAAAAAUUCCACUAUUCUAGUGUCAGGCAGCACCCCAUCAUCAAUGAGUAGGCAACCACCUCUGCAAUGGAGUCUUGGGGGCAGUUAUACUCUUUUUUUUUUUUUUUUCCCUGCCUCAGAGAUAAUCAGACCACGAGAAAUAAAGUUUGCAGAGGUUACACUAUGUUUAUCAACUUCUGCUUUAGGUAUGAUUCAUUUGAGAUGGAAGUGUCUAAUGUAUUAAUCAGUAAAUGCAUGGCAAAUGUAUGUACAACUGAGUAUAGAAUGACUUUAAUGUAUAGAAGUAAACAUUUCAGUGUACUGGUUACUGUUCAGACAACAGGUUACCCAAAAGUUCGGUUUAAACACAGCACUGGAUUGGUUUAGAUUAAAGGUAAAACAAGUUUAUUAACAAAAGAAGAUAGGAUUUUAAGUGAAUUCUACUAUGAGAUAAAAGUUAGAAAUGGUUACAAGUAAAUGAAAGUGAAAACAUGCAUCCACAAGUCAAACUUAAUCUAGCAAGUUUGGGUUCAAGCUUUCUUUAAGUUGGCCUUUCUCACCCACAGUCUUCCAGCAAGAUGGUGACUUAUCCUUUCCUUGGUCAGGAUUUUUCCCAGAGGUCUAAAGAUGCUGGUCCCUUUGUCGUCUUAGGUGAAAGAGAGAACAUGGGGUUCUCUUCCUCCUUUCUUUUAUAGUCCAGUGAGCCUCUGAAAUACUUUCUUCUGAGGGUUACCCUUCAAAGUAGUUUAUUCAAGGCUCAAACAGUAAAGAAGGUGACAUGGAGUCUGCUGGUGAAGGAGGCUCCAUCUCUGUCUCUUUGCCUGUGCUUGCUGAAAUGCAAAUUUGUUUUGUCUCCUGCUAUAUUCUCCUCCUGCUGUCUUGUGGACCCUGUUUACUACUUUCAGGUAAAUUGAAGUAAACGCACAUUCCUUUGUUUAGGAUAGACAUGUUUAACAACUUUUGCCUAGGUAGGCCGUGUGGUUUUGAACAUGUGGUAACAUCAUCACACGGGGAUUUCAUACCUUUAAAUAAAAUGUUGCUACAUACAUUUUGCCAUGAAGUUUUUGGCCAUAGAGUUGUUAGUUUUCAAAUGAUAAUUCACAAGGCAUAUUUUGUACAAAGAUCAUUACAAUAGUAUAUUGGGUGAUUAGUAUCACGGGGAUACCCCUCCUUUCCAAGUAGGCAGAGAGUUUUGUGUUCCUGGCUCACCUACACUUGCUUGCUUCUUCAGUAUAGUGCCACUGUUGAGCUCUAUGCUACUAUCUGCCCAACCCAGUUUUUCCUCAUGUCAUUCCUCCCCCAUGCAGGUAUGUGUGUCCAGCAUCUGUUGGUUCCUAGCAUUUAGUGGGAUGGUGGGAGCUAGCAGCUCACUGAAAGAGGGCCAAUUGGAGGAGAGGGUGUAGUUCCCAUCAUGAGAAGGCAGGCUCCAUUGUUCCUUACCCUUCUGAGGACCUGAGAGGUUAAGGGCCACAGUUUAAAAGUAGCAUCAACUUCAGCUUGCUUUAGUUUUUUGGCUUCCCAAAUUUAAACAGGUAGAACUUGAUUUUCAGAGAUGCUAAGAACCUGCAUUUCCUGCUGACUUCAGUUGGAGUCAGAGACUCAGCACCUCUGAAAGUCAGAUCCUGAAAAGCACCCCAAAUUGGACACUACUUUGGACACUUUGCACCAAAGGUCUCACAGCAAGUCAGAAGCAAAACUCAAUUACUCGUGACAGGUUCGGUCACAGAGACCCCCUUGGGACUGUCACUUGACAUGCUGGAAUUACCUCUGAGCCUGUUUUCCCUGCUGGCUUGGGACUCCAGAAACCUGCCUUGUUGAGACAGACACGCUAGUCUCCUGCAACACCAACCCAGGUCUGGUUCACGCCCCCAAAGCUGCAGACUUUAACCAAAAACUGCUCAGCAAGUCACCUAUCUCCAGCACCCAGACACCCAGCUCCCAAUGGGAUCCAAACACCAAAUAAAUCCAUUUUACUCUGUAUAAAGCGUAUACAGGGUAAACUCAUAAAUUGUUCACUCUCUAUAACACUGAUAGAAAGAGAUGCACAGCUGUUUGCUCCCCCAAGUAUUAAUCACUUACUCUGGGUUAAUUAAUAAACAAAAGUGAUUUUAUUAAGUAUAAAAAGUAGGAUUUAAGUGGUUUCAAGUAAUAACAGACAGAACAAAGUUAGUUACCAAGCAAAAUAAAACAAAACACACAAGUCUAAGCCUAAUGCAUUUAAGAUACUGAAUACAGGUAAAUCUCACCCUCAGAGAUGUUCCAAUAAGCUUCUUUCAUAGACUAGGCUCCUUCUUCAUCUGGGCCCAGUCCUUUCCCCUGGGACAGUUCUUGUUAGUUCCAGCUCAGGUGGUAACUAGGGGUUUUAUCAUGACUGCCAACCCCCUUUGUUCUGUUCCACCCCCGUUUAUAGCUUUGGCACAAGGAAGGAAUCUUUUUUGUGUCUCUGGGUGCCCACCCUUCCCUCUAAAUGGAAAAGCACCAGAUUUAGGAUGGAUGGACUAGAUGAUCAUAAUAGUCCCUUUUGACCUUAAAGUCUUAUGAUUCCAGUACCAGGUGACAUGAUCACAUGUCACUGCAAGACCUCAUUCUCCAUUCUUUCAGGGCUGGCCUGCACAUACCCAGGAAGGUUUGCAAGUAAACAAAGCCAUUCACAACCAAUUGUCCUAGUUAAUGGAAACCAUCAAGAUUCCAAGCCACAAUUAAUGGCCCACACUUUACAUAGUUACAAUAGAACUUAAGAGUAAUACUUCAUGUUUCUAGCUUCAGAUACAAGAAUGAUACAUUCAUACAAAUAGGAUGAACACACUCAGUAGAUUAUAAGCUUUGUAAUGAUACCUUACAAGAGACAAUUUGCAUAAAUCAUGUUCCAGUUACAUUAUAUUUAUGCUCAUAAGCAUAUUUCCAUAAACAUAUGGAGUGCAAUGUGUUCCGUCUUCCUACUCUAACCACUAGAACAUGUUCCCUCCCUGAUGCAAGGAGAGAAGGAGGGCAAAGGGACAAGAGAAGUACAAGUCAUUAAAGUGUUUGAUUUUGACUUACUAUAGGGAGAUAUCCUUUUUAAUGCUUUUUGGGUUAGUAAAAAAAAGAAAAACCUGUUUUGCAUCCUUCACAAUUUGGCUCAGGCUCUGGGUCAUUCUGUGCUUACUGGACAUGUGGUUUGCUUUUGUUUUCACUGAGUACAGUGAGACAUAUAUUACAGUGUGUGCUCUACUGAUGCAAUAGCUCAAAUGACUUAUUUGUUUUUGCUGUGGAAUCAGAGGGCCCUUAUUGGCCUGUUAGGUGCCUAUUAUUGCUAAGCUGUCUGAUAGCCAUCAAUGACAUUUAAAUUGCUGAGUUAGCUGACCCAGCUCACUGUUAUGAGCAAAUAAAUAAGGUAAGAGGCCACUCUAGCCGGUCACACUAGAUUUUUUUUUUUUUAAAACAAGUUUUUUGCUAUUAAUCCCCAUUGUGAAAUUUGGGUUCAGGAAGUAGAAAUCUGAAAUUUAGGGGGGGGGCAAGUCUAAAUAAUUAAAUUAUACACCAUUUCAGCAAAGUCUUGUGGUGUAUGUGAUUAAAUGUUUUGCUGACCUGGCACCAAAGCUUCUAAGUAUGUGUGGUUUUCUGCUGGAAUAAAUAAGGCAUUUAGAGGUAGUCCAGGCAAAUAGGGCAAGAUUCUGUUCCUCUUGAAGUCAAUGGCAAAACUUCCAUUGAGUUCAGUGGUGUUGGAUCAGGACUUGACCUCAGGCUUCAGCAGUGGGACAGUACAGGAAAUGUUACUCAAGAAUACCUAGAAAGUUGUUAUAUAACUAACGAUAAUCACCCUCAAUUUCACAAGAGAGUCCAUGCCGAGCAAAGCUAUUGCAGGGAAUAAAACAUUGAUGGUGGAAGCUAUGCUCAUAAUUUGUUUAUAAUUUUGAGAGAGUUAGCUAAACCGUGACCUGCCAGAUUAGCCUAUGGUAGACUGAACUAAAAGAUCUUUACUUGACACUUGCAUCAAUCAUCCUUUUGUGUAGAAAUUUGAGGUACCUCUCUAUUAAGUGAAUGAAAAAGCUUUGUGACAAGUCUCUUAAAGAAACUGAAAAAAGCUCUACAGAUUUAAGCUUCUCUGAAGAAAUUUGCUAUAAAGAAAUAAUACAUCUCGCAAUGCAGGUUUUGAGCAGAAUAAUUUCUAUAGCUGAACUGGAGUCAAGCAACAAGAGUUCAUAAGUUUGUCAGCAUCUAAUUAAAACCUUUCUGCACUUAUCCAGUCCCUGAAUUGCAAAGAGGAGGAUAAAGAACUAUAAGGAAUUCCGAUCUCUUCCAGGGAACUUAGACUAGUACUAAAGGUCCUCUGUGGAUGAGUGCUUCAGUGGAUUGUCUUUUCUCACAGAGGAUCACUUAUUUUCCUGAAGGAUUAUGAGCUUGUAGGGGGGCUAGAGUGGACUUCGCCCUCUAUGGCCAGACCUGGCUAGUCUGAGAUUUUUGGAACAUGAUCUCAAAGCAGGUCUAAUGGUCUAAACCAGGAGUGACCAAAGUUACUGACCCUCCAAGUUGCAUAUGACAAUCUUCAGAAGUUCAAGAGCCAGGGAGCACCUGCUGGGGCUCGGGGCUUCAUCCCCGUGCGAUGGGAGGGCUCAGAGCUUCAUCCCCACGGGGGUCGCCUGCUCAGGCUUGGGGAUUCAGCAAGAGUGAGGCUGAAGCCCCAAGCCCUGGCAGGCUCACUCCAUAGGGCUGAAACCCCAAGACUCCCUCCCAGCAGAGGAGAUGUGAUGCGGGGGGCACAUGGGGUCACAGAUCCCACCAGAUUUUUGCCAGAGUUUGCUGGCUCCGCUUGGUCACAUGGUGCUGCCAGGCCACCUCCCUGCCUAGCAGCUGCUAGAGCCCGCAAGCUUGGAGCUGUGGCCAUCGGGAGCGGCAGCAGCAAACAGCUGGGAGCUGCAGGGAGGGCCACUGCUUUUGCUGCUGCCUCUCCCCACUGAACUAAAACAGAGGCCCUUCCCCGCAGCUCCCAGGUGUUUACUGCUGCCUUUCCACAGGGAGGGGCCACUGAAGGUAAGGGGUGUGUAUAAACCUUUACAUUGUACCUCCCCCCCCUUCUCAGCAGGCAAAGCCCCUAACCCCGCCACAGGGCAGAAUCCCCAAGCUACCCCUCCUCAGUCUGGUAAGCAGAGAAUGGUGGGGUGGAGAAGCGGCGAGCUGCACUUUAACUGUAAAAGAGCCGCAGGUUGGUCACCCCGGUCUAAACAAAGGUGUUAACAGUUGGGCAUUGCUUGAAAUGCGUGCAGGGACUAUCUUGUGCUUUGCAAGGCCCCAGGUAAGAGCUUAUGCGAAGGGGCAUCAGCUGCAUGAGUUCUCCUUUCUUCUCCCAGGGGGAAAUUAGGCUGAGUUGUUGAGAUUAUAGGAAUAUACUGAAGUUGUUGGUCAAUAGGGUCCAAAAAGUACAGGGCCCAAAUGGUUACUUGAACAGAACGUAAGGCUUGCCCUGAGUCAGUAGGAUCCAGGUACAAUACAACUGUCUAUUAACUGGAAGCACAGAAUAAAAAUGAUCAAAAUAUAAGCAGAGCCUUAUUAACUGUGGGGCAGAGAGGGCAGUGAGGCACCGAACUCUCCUACUGUAAACCUACAGGACUUGGGCACCCACCUCCCAUUUGUGCUUUUGUACAUCUGCCUAUUCUAAUAUUUUCCAAUUAUAUAAUAAGAUGUAAAAUCACAUUUGCAAAAUCCCAGUCUCUAAAAACAGAAAUUUCCGGCUAAUUCACUCUAAAAUACAAUAAUUGUGUGAAUUUCCCUAUGCCCACAGAAAUUGCAAUUUCAGGUAGGGCUGUUUAAAUAUUUUCCAAACAGAAACCACUGAUUUUACUAACAGUUUUGUGACUAAAGUCUAAGUACUUCAGGUCAUGAGUUCUAUUAUUCCUGUAAGAGGUCUUAAAAAUAUGGAAAUAGCCAAAGACAAGUUUGGUUUUUUUAAAAAGGUAUGGAUAAAUUUAGGGGGAGAGUGUCUCCUUUAGCUGUUGGGAAAAGGCACUGAGGGCUUACAAUUACAUGCCCUUUCCCUUCUCAGUGAAGGUUGUGAUUGUCCCUUCAGCAGGGAGAAGUGAAAUCCUUGGGCAUCUUUCUGAGCCCAUACUUUGCAAGGCCUAGACACCCUUCAGGAAUGUGACUUUCUGGUGGACACUUACGCCUUUGGAGAAGUAGCGUGUGUAACUUGAAUGGAAUUUUUCUAGCAAUUCUGCUACACAAAGAGCUCAUGCUCAGGACAAACAUUCUCAUCAUUUAAUCAUUUCUGGCCUUGUAAAAAAAAUCAACAUCUCUCUAGAUAUCUUACUCAAGCAAGACCACUGCGGUUCUAUGAAACACAUGGAAAUGAAGAGGUUCAGCAUGGGGAUAUACUCUCUGUAACAGACAGUUUGGGUCUUUUUCUUCAAAACUGAAAUCUCACUUCAUUUUCCAAUGCAUUAGAGGGGUUUUUUAAACAAGGCUUUAGAGCAGGGCAAACUCUGAACAAUGAAAUGGAAGAUACUCAAAUCUGAAUGUGUUAAAAUUUCACUGUGAAAGGUAUAAUUGUGCCAUUGCUGUAGAAAAAUUGCAAAAUUAGUACAUUUUGACCUUGAAAAUAGAUAGUUUUCUGUAGAAUGGAAUCUGAGCCAAAAAGUGUGAAAUAUUGCCAAAGAAAUGGGUUAGACUUUGAAAUAAAGCCAAAGAAAAUUAAUAUGUUUGAUGUACAAACCCCACGUAUCUCAAUUGGAAAAGAUAAAUUUUGCAGAUAAGAAAAUUGCCCGGGGGAAAAAAAUUGCAAAAACUUUAAAUACAAGUAUUUUAUUUGCAGAGCCCAGUCCAGGCAUGUGACGGUGACAUUGCAGAGUGAAGGUGACAGCAUUCUGCACUUUUGGGUAGGAAUACCCCAUGUCACCCAAAGGGUGUGUGUAUGUGUCCCACAUUUGCUUAUCCUCCAGUCCGCUUGCAUCCCACUGCUUGUAGAGUUUAUGCUGCUCUGUGCCUUUCUUGGCCAGUUAUCUGCAGAGCCCUGCCGGGCACUUCAUGUUCCUGCUGCUGCUCCCACUCUCCUACAGGAAGAAGUAACCCAUGCCCUAUCUGUUCCGGUCUCUUUCUCUCUCACCCUUUUAUUCUUCUUCAACCCCCUCCUCAGAUGCAGGCUAAAUCCAAUUAGUGGCAAUGCCCAUUCCUGAGUGAGAGAGAAAAUACAUGAGCUAUGGCUGCGGAAGGUUACUGCUAGGGUAACUAAGCUUCCCCUGUUUAGUAUUAGUUCAGGGAGGUAGGGAAAGCAGUGGAAGACAUUUGAGGAUAAUGGAGAGGGAGGAGGAUGGGAACAUAGGGGGAGGGGGAAGGUGGGCUUUGGGCAGUUAUAGAGGAGUUUUGGUGAGUAAAAGGGAAUAUGGGCAGCCAGCAAGGGGCAUUUAGGGUAUAGUGGAAGAAUAUAGGGGAAAGAGGCUAUUUAAGGGGAUGUUUAGGAGGAAAAGCUAUCCUUCAUUGUCCCUCAUUUUAGGGGUCAGUGUCCCACAUGGUUUUGUUUGUAGGGGGAGGGGCUGUAUCCCACGUGAUUUUUGAGAGGUUUGAAUGGAUGCUUCCACCAGCAAGUUGUAGCAGCAAAGAACUUAAAAAUCUAGAGCUAUCCUCCAAAUACAUUGUAUAAACACACACACAUUCUUAUUACAUCACACCCUUAUAGCACGCGCCUGGCCUUACAGAGCCUUAUAACUUAGAGACACAGUUAUACUCUCAAUGCCUGGAGACAUUUUCUCUUUAUACCACUAGUCAAGGAGUAAUUAGUGAGGGCGGGUCAUGCUGGCCUUCAACAAAAGCAUGCAGCUAAACUACAGCUCCGCUCCAGGGCAUCAUCCUAUAAGCUAUGCAAUGAAAAUUGUUCAGAGUUCUAAUGUUCAAUGCUUUUAAAAUGCAAACCCCAUGUUCAGGAGUUCCAGAGAAGCUCUUGUGGUUAUACACAGGGCUAAUGCAGAAGCUUGUCUUUUAUCUCAUAGCCUUCCAUUGGAAGUGGGUCUUGCCCUUAGUGCCUAGCGCAGUGGCCAGAUGGAAGGAUGGGCCCAGGACACAGUUACUGAUGAUAUCCCAACUUCCUCUCUCUCCACCCCUCCCUACAAGAUUUGAGAUAUUGAUUUUCGGCUUUCAUUUUUGCAAGAGUGAAGCACAGCCCUGUGGAGAUGGAAGAAGGGGAAGUAGAUUUUCUUAGCUUAAUGUCACCAUAUACAGUGACAAAUCUGACCUAUAGUGAGGAUGUCUUUGACAAACUGCUAAAGUGGAGUGAUUACGGCGUCAGGAAUAACAGAGACCAGAUUCUGCAGGCUUUCCACACAGCCAAUGACUGGAGAAAACACAGGAGACAAGAGCGUCAACAGCCUGAAUCCACCUUGAGGGAAAGUUUGGAUUAAUAUCUAUCCACACACAAGCACCCAAAUGCUCUGCCAAUGGCAAUAUGACAGUGGGAAUGGCUGCUUGGCCAACAUAGGGCUGUGUGAUAGAAUACUCACUUUAUAUUUUCAAUUACAAAUGUUGCUUGCCUAUUUCAGAUACUUUAAAUCUUCUGUUAAGGAGAUUGCUGCUUUACAGAACGGUACACAGGAAGUUCCUGAGCCUUUUGAAAAGCAGUGUUGUCUGGAGGAAUGACUGCAGGGCUGGGGACAAUGAGGUCCUGAGUUCUAAAGUCUCCUCCAACGCUGGGUGACCUUAGGCAAGUAACUUCACCUUUUUGUCUCAGCCUCCUCAGCAGUAAAAGAGGGAUAAGAAUUCAUAUUUUCAAGGGUGUUGUGAGAAUUAAUUGAAGGUCUUUACAGCGCUUUGAACAUGUGAACAAUUAUAAAAAUGCUGAUUAUUGCCAAAAGACCCUGCUGUCGUGCCCCAGCUGAUGGCUCAGCCGUCCAGACAUUUUCCUGAAAUUGCCUUAUAAAAAUAUUUAAGGCCCCCGUUGCCAUACUAUCUGAGGGUAUAUCUACACUAUGAAAUUAGGUCGAUUUUUAGAAAUUGAUUUUAUACAGUCGAUUGCAUAUGUCCACACUAAGUGCAUUAAGUCGGCGGAGUGCGUCCUCACUACCAUGGCUAGCAUCGACUUACGGAGCAGUGCACUGUGGGUAGCUAUCCCACAGUUCUCGCAGUCUCCACUGCCCAUUGGAAUUCUGGGUUAAGCUCCCAAUGCCUGAUGGGGCAAAAACAUUGUUGUGGGUGGUUUUGGGUACAUGUCGUCAGUUGCCCCUCCCUCCGUGAAAGCAAUGGCAGUCAAUCGUUUUGUGCCUUUUUUCCUGGGUUACCCCUGCAGGCGCCAUACCACAGCAAGCAUGGAGCCCUCUCAGCUCACCAUCACCGCUGCUGUUGUGGGCAAGUCUACUGUGGGGGCUGCUGUGAUCCAAGUAGCCAGUGAAAUCAUUGACGUUCUGUUAUCAAGGGGAGUGACUCUGGGAAAUGUGCGGGCCUUUUUUAGAUUUUAGGUGCAUCAUAUUCCUGUCCUUUUUUGAUAGAAGUCUUGCAGCCGUACAUUCCAGUCCGGUCAGCGCUGUAACACCCUAUAGCACUUCUGUGGUUGACACAUGUAACAGCUCCAGGGCUGUUUUUCCUUGGCUGAGGUACCUUGCCCUACCCAGACCUCCAAGCAUUCGAUACAGAAGCACCUGCAGCAGCUGGCAUUGCUACACAGCAGCAUCUCCUUGCCUUCGCAGCAGACGGUGCAGUAGGACUGCUAACCAUUGUCUUCCACUGCAACUCUGCUCUCCUGCUCCCCAGUGAUGAGCUCGGGGGAUCCAUUCAUGAAGCCUGGACAGUAGUAAGGAGCAGUUCAACUAUAGGCUGAGUAAGUGCAGCAUCGUGGUAGAAUGCGCCUUUGGACGUUUAAAAUCUCGCUGGCGCUGUUGGUCAGACCUCAGCGCAACCAACGUUCCCAUUGUUAUUGCUGCAUGCUGUGUGCUCCAUAAUAUCUGUGAGGGUAAGGGGGAGAUGUUUAUGGCGGGGUGGGAGGUUGAGGCAAAUCGCCUGGUGUCUGAUUUUGAGCAGCCAGACACCAGGACGAUUAGAAGAGCACAGCUAGGCAUGCUGUGCAGCAGAGAGUCUUUGAAAACCAGUUUCAUGACUGGCCGGGCUUCAGUGUGACACUUGUGUGUGUUUCUCCUUGAUGCAAACCCGCCCCCUUGUUGAUUUUAAUUCCCUGUAAGCCAACCACCCUCCCCCCCUUUGAAAUAAAGUAACUAUUGUUUUGAAACCA